GCCUCUAAACUUGCAGCCCCCCUCGGUCGCAGAGUGGAUCGCAGUGAGCAGGCACAGGACAAGUAUUUGGAAGUAGAACGAGGCAGCCUGACUUCACUCGGAAGCACGGGCGCGGACUCUAAACACAGAGGACAACAGCCGAGAAGUUUGCCGCGUCUGAAGAGGGAGCGAGCCGCCUCCAACGUGUAUCGCCCUGAUAAAUAUUUAUUUUCUACUUUACGCAAGACUAAACACUGAGCGCCAGGAAGAAUGCACAAGCGCACCAAGAUAAAUAUUGCCAUUUUUGUGCUGCUGGUGGGCAUGGCCUGCAUGUUCACCGCGGUGGUGACGGACUACUGGGCCGUGCUCACCCCUCAGGUGAAGAAGGUCAAUGACACCUGCGAAGCUGCUCACUUUGGCCUGUGGAGGCUGUGCAAGAAGCACAUCUACAUCAGCGCUGACAUCUACCAGGAGAAGCAUGGAUGCGGACCCAUCAGCCUGCCAGGAGAUGAAAACUGCACUUACUUCGGCCACUUCACUCCAGGACAGGACACUGAGAUAUUUGAACACAAAACACAGAAAGAGUACAACAUCUCUGCUGCAGCCAUCUCCAUCUUCAGUUUGGCCUUCAUGAUCUUGGGAUGCCUGUGUUUGAUUGGCUCGUGCACCGGCAAAGGCAAAGGACGACUAUACCUUCUCAAACCUGCUGGAAUGUUCUUUGCAUUUUCAGGUCUGUGUUCGUUCAUCUCCUUGGAAGUGAUGCGUCAGUCGGUCAAACGCAUGAUCGAGAGCGAGGACACCAUCUGGAUCCAGUACUACUACAGCUGGUCCUUCGCUUGUGCCUGCGUCGGUUUCAUCCUUCUCUUUCUCACCGGCAUCGCCCUCCUCAUCCUCUCCAUGCCACAAAUGCCCAGGAACCCAUGGGAGACUUGCAUGGACGCUGAGCCCGAGCAAGUGGAGUGAAGAGAGGAAGGAUUCAGUAUGAAGAGCUGGCCAAAGAGAGAGGGGGUGGCUUGGAAGGACCAUGGCUAUGAUGGGAAAUUUACCUCUCAACCAUUAAACAACUUGAAUGUAGGUCUUUUGUAUACGUUUCUGAAAUAUUGACAGUAAAUAAAAAGUGAGAUGUCAUCUCUUAAACCUGUUGAUGAUGGAUAUGCACCCUCGUUCACAAGGAAACAGGCUGGAUAUAUAUUGCAAUUGUAAACGCACUGGGUACAAUACUAGGUACACCUGCACAGCUUAGGAAAUGCUAUAUGAGAUAUAAAGGCAAAGCCUGGAUUGGAAUCUAUUCUUUGCUCAGGUUGCAGUGCAGUUCUACACCAUCCACAAUAACAAACACAUUCUGACUGUCACUCCAAAAAAAAGUUGAGUUAAAAAGACAAACGUUUUGAUACAGUGUUGGUAUUGAAUACCUGAUACCUAAUGGAGUGAAUGCAGUCACGUGAAGUUUUGUCUCUUCCCCAAACUACUCAUAUCAACAAACUAUGAUCUUGUGACCGCGGCCAGGUUUGAUGAUAUGCCAGUGUCAAAGUGCAUGCAGUCUGCGGCCUUAUGUAUGAUAUCUUGUACAUAUUUACAGGACUAUUCCUCUUUUCAUUUUCUUUUUGUUUGGAUUACACAAAUAAAUACUCAAUUGCUUGAAAAUCAAUAAUACAGUAUUACAGAAACCAAGAUGAAAAUGGGCUUGAUUAUUAAGUGUUAAGAUUUGUUAUUGUAAAUUUUUAACAACAAUGACAUAUCUAUUUAUGGGGUAAAUUAAUAUAGCAGCUUGGUGUUUUAAGCAAAUUGUUAUUGAUUGAUUAAUACACAUGCUGUAUCUUCUUAAAUUCAUGGUGACCUAUUAUGAUUUCAAUCUACUUCUAAAACACUUCCUUUUGGUCUAUAUUCAAUGUGUCGGAUAUGCUUUGGUGUAAGUUUUGCAUAAAUCUUUUGAAAAUGUACACUAUUUAAAUGUAUAUCUUGAAAUUGUCACAGCUAUUUUUCCCCAGACAUGAUCAAAAGAAAACUUCAUAAACUUUCUAGGCGAAACUCAAAAAAUUAGAAUAACGUGCAGAGGUUUGUUUAUACCAGCAAUUAUAUUUACAAGAUUAAACUAAUACAAGACAUAGGCUCAUAACAUGCAACUCAAAAUAUUUCAAGACUUCUUUUGAAAUAGUUUUGAUGAUUAUGAAUUACAGCUUAUAAAAACCUCAAAUUUAAAAUUUCAGAAUUUUUUUUUUUUUAAACUGUAAACCAUGAUCACCAAAAUUAUAACAAAUAAAAGCUUGACAUAUUUUACUUGUAUGUAAUGAGUUUUUAUUACAUAUUAGUUUCGCAUUUGAAGUUCAAUUACUGAAUUCAAUGGACUUUUACAUGAUGUUCUAAUUGUGAGUUUCACUUGUACAUUCAACCGGUCACAUCAUUAGGUACAUCUGCACACUCUCCCAUUGAUUAAUAAGAAAACGUUUCUGCAGGACUGCUUCUAAAAAGGCCAUAAAAAGUGGUAGAUGUAUCCUUGAAUGUGCAAGAAAUAAAAGUGUCUCUGUGGUGAUGCCCCGUAUAGUACAAGCAAAAUCCUCAUUUAAAUAAGGCGGUCUGAACCACUUUUAAAUUGCAGUCUUUGUAAAUCACUGUUGACCACGUGGUGUUUCCAUACAUCCAUCCAUCCAUUUUCUACCGCUUGUCCCAUCCGGGGUCGCGGGGGUGCUGGAGUCUAUCUCAGCUGCAUUGGAUCUUAGUAAAUCAGGCCUUUAAUGUCGAAAAUAAGUGGUUUCGCCUCACGGUGACAUAACCACGCAGCCAAUUGCAAAAAACUGCUCGAAAAGAGGCAUCUAAAACUGUGUGCAAACUCACGUCAAAAUGCAUGAACCUUAUGAUUUGACACUUUCACGACUAAGAUUGAAUUAAUCAUAGGUCCUCUUUAAGCUACAGCUGUGUGUUAGAUUGUCCUUUAAUUUAGUGAGUUUUUGUUUCUACGGUUAUCAAGUUUGGCAAUGCAUUCUUUUUAUUGGUCAGCGACAGCCACAACAGUUAGAAAUGUAGGCUGUUGAUUUUUUUGUAUACUUUUUUGGUGGCUUUGCCUGGAUUAAAGUAAUAGUGUUUUGUAUUUUCUUUCAAAUAAAGCAUGUGAUUUGACUUUAGAAUGCCCUAUAUUCUGUGUGUGUGACUUUUUAAUGAAAAAUAAAUGUUUGGGAAAAUUGCCUUGGUGUUUGGUAGUGGGGCGUUCACACAUCGCCGGUUUGUCCCAGGGAGGAAAACAUGACUGGAAAUUUCCAAUUUCCCUGCAUGUAAUAAUUUACUCACU